AGUCCUGCUGUACAAGAAGUGAUGUGGCUUACAGGAAAACCAUGAAAAGAUCCGUCGUUAAUUGUUUUGUACAUACGUUGUGUUUAGUUUUAGUGUUAUCAGUUAUCGAAACGACCAGCAAAGAAUGCGGGGAUCCACAAUGCGAAAGUGUAAUAGCAAAAGGGAAAGCUGUUCUCCGAUUUCGAGGUGGUGGAGCAAAUAAAGUGAACCUGGACCAGAAUGAGCCUGUUGAUAUAUUAGCAAAAAAUGUUGGAAAAGAUCAGGAAUAUCUCGUACGAAAGGCGACAGGCAAGACAGGUCUAGCAUCCAAGACGUUCAUUCGGGAGUAUACCAUUCUGAUAAAAUCGAAUGACCGAGUUACGAUUAGCGACGACGUUCCAGCCCCCGAUGCGACAGAUAUCACACCAACGCAAACUGUUAUCUCGCUAGACAAAGUCGUACAAACGACUGUGGUUGAGGGCACCGUUCUAACAAAUGAUGUACUAUCGGAUACCUCGUCGGUUCAAUUUGCUGCCGUCGAUGGAGCGUCUAGCGUGCUGUCAACUCCGACAUUGGAAGUGGUACCGAGCACACAGAUAGUGGAAAACAAUCUACAGAAUGAUGCAGGAGUUGUGAAAAAUGAGCCAGCUGAAAAGCCGGACGAUGACUCCGAAGAACUGGCCGAAGCUGAUGAUACAGAAGAAGGUGAUGAGGAGGAGGAGAAUGAAGAUAUCAGUGAAGAAGUUGAAGAUGAAGUUUCAGAGCCAAAUGUUGAAGUAGUGAAAAAGGAAGAUGAUAAAGCUAAAACUGUUGCUGGUUAUGAUGUACCAUCUCAACCCGAAGCUGCAACGGAAAAUGUACUGCCGAAUGAUGUAGACGACGGCGCUCAUCAACCUGCUACUGAAAGGAAUCUAACUGAUCUACCUGUUAGUUUGGAGAAUUGGAGCAAAUCGAUACCCGUGACUGAGCAAACAAACGAUCCCGAGGCCAAGGCGGGAUUAGAUGUAGAACAACCAUUGGGUGCUAUUGGUUCUGUUGAUAACGUCUUUGAUGAUAGUCUACCAACUAUAACGGAACAAGCAACUCUUAGUGAAGAUAAAUCGAAAGCAGCCGAAGAAAACAGUAAUGGUGCAAAUGUAGAAGAGCAAGUGGCGCAUUUAGAGCAAACAAAUCUAAUGACUGAAAUUCCAUCAACUUCGGAAACUGUCUUAUCAAGUGAUACCGUCCCACAGCAAACUACAGCGAUUCCUGCAGUUCAAGACUAUCCGCCUACAACGGAGUCUGCCGUGAUGAUGGACGAAGGUACAACACCAUUGAGCAUGGUUGAGAUGACUGAAACUAAAGUACCUGUGUCAUUAUUGCCCCCUGAAGUAGUACCGGCUGAUGUUGCACCUGCCGCAGCAGAACCGAUCGCUGUUACCGAAACGGAAAACAAAGAAACACCUAAUUCAGCUGAGAUUUCCAAAAAAGGGGAUAGUCAACCAACUCAUCCCAACCGCAUCCUUGCAGGUGGUUUGGGUAAUUUAUUGGCUCAUAGUCAUCAUCACCAUAACCACCACCAUCCACACCAUCAUCAUCAUAAUCACCACGAUCAUAAUCACGCCCAUGAACACGUCCACCCAGAGCAGGGCCAUACGGAACAAAUGGCACCGGAAGUGAAGUUUGCCGAAAUGAAUGUUCAAACGGUCGGUGACACACAUUUACAUUUUCCGACACAAGUUGACUUACGACAAGCUACCACACUUCCUCAAGACGGAGAUGCUGGUACUAGUGAACUAAUUGCCGAGCGUUACGAAAAUAAUCAAGUACACAGGGCUCAAAUCGUUGGACCUCCGCAAGAAUUGGCUGAAAAUCGCAAUGAAGGUAAGCUCCAAAACGAAUAUUGUGAUAGUACAGCCAUCGAUUGCCCUCCACCAGCACCACCACACUUACCACCAUCCGUUAAGCAUUCAAACGGUGUGUCAGAUUAUACUCCGAUGGACCAGGAUGUGCGCAACAACGAAAUUGUACAGUCUCAGAACGACGCCGUUCCACCCAAUAGGAAUAAUGAUGUUGAAAAGCAGCAGAUUCCCUUUGAAGAUUACAUUGGAGUGUUUGUGCAGGAAGCGAUCAAGCUAAGCGAUCUUAUUCUUAUGCUAGCGAUCACAUCCUUCACUUUGCUGGCAUUUUCACUUGGCCACUAUCUGAUCAACAAGAAUCGACGGGAAAAACCGCUGAUCUACAAGCUCAACAUGAUCGAACGUGAUCUGAUGACUUCGUACAAAGAGAGUGGACUGUUGAAAUCUGAGCUACAGGAAACGAAGCACAAGCUAACGAGCAUUGAAAACAAUUCCUUUGGUUCUAACGACAUGGUGAUCGCGCUGAAGGCGGAGCUGGAAGCUGCCGAACAGGCAAAGCUGUACCUGCAGGAUCAAAUAGCGGGACUAGAAAAAGAGCUGGAAAAUGCGGCCGAAGCUGGAUUGGAGCUGAACAAGAUGGUGGCGGAGCUGCUGAACCAAAAUGGUAGCGAUUCGAUUGCACUAAGCGUUGAAGAGCUGCAGCGUCAGCUAAACGAACAGCAACAAACGAUUCUAUCGAUGAAUGCUUCCCUGGCUGAAAAGAGUCGCGAAAACAGUGAACUACAGAUUGCGAUCGCAAGUCAAACCGGUACAUUUAAGGAGCGUUUGGAUGAGCUGGAAAAGGCACGCACUGAGCUGACCGAUCAUCGUAAACAGCUCGAGGAGCAGGUGGCAAGUUUGCAGUCUGAACAGAAGACAAAAGUGGAAAGCAUACGGAAGGAGUUGGGUGCAGAAAUCGAUCAUUUAACGAAGGAUUUGAAAAUUGCCCAGAGUAAGGCAGACGAAAGCAGAAAAACUCUUGCCGCAAUGGAGGCCAAAUGCGAAGCGCUGGAAGAGUGCUUAAAGGACAUCAAAUCGGAGGGUAGGCACGCUGGAAAAGGAAUGAUUGAUUCGAUUGAACUAAAAGCUCAAAUAGCGCUGCUGACAAAGGAAAAUGCUAAUAUGCAGGAUAAGCUGCAGGGUGAAAUUAUUGCACGCCAGCUAGUAGAAGAUCACAUGAAGAUGGUAAACGAAGAAAUUUCAACACUUAAGCGAGAGUUUGGCAAAGCGGAAAAGGAUAAGUUGGAAGCAGAAACAAGACUGGAAGUUUUGUCUUCGUACUUCAAAGACAAGGAAACACAGCUGCAGAAAGAAUUAAGCGUGAAGGAAGCGAUGUGGAUGCAGCAACAAGGUGAAACGACCACCACGGUAGAAAAGAUACGUCACAUGCAGGAUGAAAUACAACAGCUAAAAUCGCAAAACGAUAAACUUCGGGCGGAAAUUGAAGCGCAGGCAACGGCACACAAAGCUCAAUAUACUACGCUUGAAACACGCUCACAUGACGCCUGGCUUACUGCCCGUCAGGCGGAACGACGGCUCGAAGAAGCCCGGAGCGAAUCCAGUGCGCUUCGGCGGAAACUUACUGCACUUGGAGAUAUUUCUGCUUCCAGUGAUGGAAUGAUUAGUUUACCGAAUGCUUCCAUUACGCAAACCGAUCUCGGCCUAACUGCACCUUCGCCUAUUCGUGUGGAGUCGCCGAAUGCUCCACCACUGUUGGGAGUGCUUCCACCUCCGCCAUUUUUGCCACCGUUUAUGCCUGGUCCGCCGCCUCCAUUUAUGCCACCGUUCAUGCCGCCCCCGCACGGUCCGGGUGAGAUGAGGCCUCCGCCUCUUGGUCGUUUGAUGUCACCACCACCACCACCGAACAAUCGUUACUCUCCCAACAACAUCAUCGAUUCACGGGAUCGAUACAGUCCGGAUCGCGGACGCUACUCACCGGACAGCCGGUAUGACUAUUCUGUUAUGUCGACGUACGAAACAGAAAACGAUUUUAGUCCGCCGCCUUCACCGCCACACCACUCACGCCAUUCGAACUACGACCGGGAUCGAGAUCGUGAACGAGAACGGGAUCGAGAUCGAGGCAGCGAUCGUGAACGGCCACACCGUGAUGGGCGCGGCAGCGGCAGUGGAAACUACUCGAGAGGUUACACUCCAACCGGUAUGCGCACGUCACCGCCAAUUCAGGAUCCGAGGAACAAAAAAUACGCAGGAGGUUUCAGUUCCGGUUCACAGGAUUCGCUAGGAACGAGGAAAAGUUCAGGAAAAUAUAGAACAAGCGGAAAAUCGCAGAUGUAAAUCACCACUGGAAUGUAUAACGACAAAAACAACUGUGCAG